CUUUCAAUAAAGUUUUCAAUUCAAACCUUAUGGAGCCGUCAUGGCAGCCACCUCGGUGGAAAAAGGGAGCUGGUUUCCAUCGUUAGCCCUGGGGGUUUCCCUGCUCAAAGCUCUGUUUAUGAACGCUUAUCACUCCACAGACUUUGAGGUGCACAGGAACUGGUUGGCCAUCACACAUAACUUGCCAUUGUCCAGGUGGUAUCAUGAGAACACAUCAGAGUGGACGCUGGACUACCCGCCGCUUUUCGCCUGGUUUGAGUUCAGCCUUUCCCACGUUGCUCAGCACUUUGACAACAAGAUGUUGGUAGUGAGCAAUCUGAACUAUGCCAGUCCAGCUACCAUCCUCUUCCAGAGACUUUCGGUCAUCUUCACUGACUUGCUUUUUUUCUACGGCGCCAGGGAGUGCUGCAGGUGUGUCCGUGACCGGAAAGGUACUCGGGACAUCUUUACUCAUCCGUCUUUUGUCCUGGCUGUGCUGCUGCUUUGGAACUUUGGCCUUCUUAUUGUUGAUCACAUUCAUUUUCAGUACAACGGUUUCCUCUUUGGUUUCCUGCUGCUGUCCGUCGCCAAACACUUGCAGUCUCAGCACCUGCAGGGGGCGCUGCUUUUUGCCAUCCUCCUCAAUCUGAAGCACAUCUACCUGUACGUGGCUCCGGCAUAUGGCAUCUUCCUGCUGAGGAGCUACUGCUUCACACAGGACAACCGUGACGGCUCCAUAAGAUGGAGGAGCUUCAGCCCGCUUCGCCUGCUCACGCUCGGCAGCAUCGUGGCGGCUGUGUGCGCUCUUUCUUUUGGCCCGUUUAUUGCCAUGGGUCAGCUUCCUCAAAUGCUGUCGCGCCUCUUCCCCUUCAAGCGAGGCCUCUGUCAUGCCUACUGGGCGCCAAACGUAUGGGCCCUCUACAAUGUCCUGGAUAAAAGUCUGGCCACUCUGGGUGCUUGUUUCAAGCUUCUGAACGAGACGACGCUCCCUCGGGCCUCCAUGACGGGUGGGUUGGUUCAAGAGUUCCAGCACUCUGUCCUUCCUUCUGUGACUCCGUCCAUCACAGUUGUCUGCACUCUGCUGUCCAUCCUGCCAGCGUUGGCGUCCAUCUGGAGGCGUCCUCGUGGUGCUCGUGGGUUCCUGCGCUGCCUGCUGGUCUGUGCACUCGCCUCCUUCGCGUUCGGCUGGCACGUCCACGAGAAAGCCAUCCUUAUCGCCAUCCUGCCGCUCAGUCUUUUGGCAGUCGAGAGCAGAGACGAUGCUGGGAUCUUCUUGAUUCUGAGCACAACGGGUCAUUACUCGCUGUUCCCACUGAUAUUCACCCUGGCAGAGUUGCCCAUCAAAUGUGCACUGAUGAUGAUGUUCACCAUCUUCUCUUUCGCUGCUCUUGGAAGACUCCACAGCGGGCGGGGGUCUUUGCUUCACCCUCUCGAGGUGGUCUACCUGUCAGGUCUUGCUGUGGUGGCUGUCGCCUGCGAGCUUGUCUUUCCUCUGUCGCCGUGGCAACAAAGGCUUCCCUUCCUGCCAUUGUUGGCCACGUCCGUGUACGCCGCACUCGGCGUCUGCUACUCCUUCUUGCGUCUCUAUUUCACGCUGCUGCGACAAGACAGCGGAAAGUUCAAACAGCUGUGAGAGACUGGGUCGGGGGUUCGAUUCCUGCGCUGAACUGUGAAGUUUGUUGGGGAACAAGCAGGACUGCCGGAACUGUUUCCCUGAAGGGAGCAAUAAAGUUUCUGCUUUAAUGCAAAGAGUGCUUCAGUGUGUGUUAGCAUGUUUGUGUCCGAUUGUUUAUUCCCCUGAAUAAAUGUUUUUUUUUUU